AUUCUUGAAUACUGCAAAAUCUACGACAACGACAGCUCAUACGGGAAUCAAUUGAACGGUCAGGUGAUCACAAUCAUCAACAGGAGUGAAGUGGUGGGCCGUCCGUUGGCCGCCCUUCUGGCCAACGACGGCGCCCGAGUCUAUUCGGUGGACGUGUCGGACAUUUUGGUGUUUGACAGAGGAGUGAAUCUGGAGUUACGGAAGUAUAGGGUUAGGGAUUGCGGCGAAAAACUGGACGAUAUAUUGGCGAAGAGUGAUGUCGUGGUGACCGGUGUUCCCAACGCUAACUACAAAGUGGCCACAAAAUCGCUCAAAGAGGGCGUAAUUGCCAUCAAUUUCUCGAGUUGUAUGAACUUUGAGGACACUGUGAAAGACAGAGCCGUCAUAUUUGUGCCGGCGAUCGGCAAAGUGACCACAACUAUGCUUCAGAGGAAUCUAUUGCGGCUCCGAAGACACGCCACGAACUGGAAGAUCAAUACUAAACGAGUAUAA